UUGCAGCAUGCAUGGGUCUAUUGGGUGGGUGGGUCUUGUAGAGGCUCAGACCAUUCCAAUUACCAAGGCAAAGUAGAAGAUGGCAUCCAUUCUGAGGCGCCCACUAGACCUCCUUAUAAUUGUAUUCUUCAUAUUUUUUGUGUUGAUAGCAUGGACUAUAGACUUCACUCAGAGUUUGUACGGCUCUGUUCUUGCCCUUGAAGAUAUUGAUGAGUGGAUAUGGCCUCCUGCUAUAGUGCUCAAGUACUAUGCCUGGUGGUGUGAGACGUAUGACCCACUAGUAGCUCAUAACCCAAUGUGGUAUGAGACGAUGGCCUGGUUCAGCCCAUUCCUCUAUACACCAUUUUACAUUUGUGCCAUCUAUGCUUUCAUAUACGAGAAAGAAUGGAUAAGGAUACCAGCUCUCCUCUGGGCCUAUGGGCUACUGCUGACAAUGUUUGUGGUUGUGAGGGAGCAGUUAAUGGGAGAACAUGCCACACCCAAUGUCCCAAUAUUUUUCGCGGCCUACUCAACUUACAUCAUUGUUCCAGCUCUAGUCAUGUUGAGGGUUGCUAGGGCACCAGUGUUCAGUAGUGGAGCAAAGAACAAACGAGAUUAACAACGUAGAAUCAAUUUUAUACGUAUAAUAGUGUUUGAUUGUGAAACAGAGUAAAAUAUAGUUAUAAUAAAGUUUUGUUUAAUAUGAAGUGUUUGUUUGUUGGCAUGGAAA